UUGAAAUUGUCGCUGGCGUCGGCACCGCCCCUCUCGCCGACCCAUCGCCCACCAUUGUACCUUCUUUCCGGGAUAACACUGACGAGGAAAGGAUGGCGCAGAAUAAUUAUUUCGGCUUUACUCACGGUGGCACACAAUAUGGAGCCACUAGUGCAGCUGCUUAUCAAACGGGUCAAGCUGGUUAUGCUGUAACACCAACAGCUACUGCUGCUACUUACACCCAGAGACCAGCAGCAGCUGCCCCACCUGGAUACGAGACGUAUCAAGCUGCUGCAGCAGCUGCCACUGGGACGACUUAUGCUGGUUUUUUUUCCCCCGUAGCUGCUAAUCCAGGUACAGUAGCACAAACCUACGAUUACGGUUACGGUCGUGCUGCACCAGCAGCAACAUACGACGCAACAAAGACGUAUUAUCCUCAGGCAGCAGCUGCAGCAGCAACCUACACCACCACUGAGACACAUUAUCAAGCAGCAAAGCCAGCGUACAGUACGACAAACGCAUACACAGGUACAGCUAGACAAGCAACGACAACUGGACAAGCGAAGACUUAUCAAGCGUCUAGUACAGCUUAUCAGCAGUCAAAUCCCACCCAGAGUGCGACGUAUUCGUCGGGGUAUACAGCACCUGCUGCACCUCCAGCUGCACCACCAGCAGCUGCCAAUAAACCAACGAGUACGACGUAUUCCGGGUACGACGCAGCGCUUUAUAGCGCUGCGACAAUGUACGUUGCACAGCAAAGUGCAAACAGCAAUUCGACUAACCAGAAGACUGGAGGUUGGCAGGGCUACGGACGAAAGGGCUUUCCACCUGGUGGUGGUGGUGGCGGCGGUGGCGGUGGUGGUGGUGGGGGCGGUGGGGGUAUGAAGAGUAUGAGAGCUAAACAGCCACCGAAACCCCAGCAAUUGCACUACUGCGAUGUCUGUAAGAUCAGCUGCGCUGGACCCCAGACAUACCGUGAACACCUCGAGGGUCAGAAGCACAAGAAGAAGGAGGCGUCCUUGAAGGUACCCCAGCAACCACCAGCACGUGGUGCUGGCAACUCGUUGAGGUGUGAACUCUGCGACGUAACGUGCACUGGAAAUGACGCGUAUGCGGCGCAUAUUCGGGGAGCUAAGCACCAGAAAGUGGUGAAACUUCAUACGAAGCUGGGAAAACCCAUUCCCAGUGCUGAUCCAACUGUGUUGAAUCCUAAACCAGCAGCGGGGGGUAAAGCUGCCGGGGGUGCGAAGAAGAUGGUGACGGCGACGCCGAAGAUUAAUUUUGUUGCUUCCGGCAACCUGGGCUCAGUAUCCGUAACCCAGUCCCAACAACCGGACCCAAAACCCGACGACCCCACCCCAGAGGAAGUCCCCGAAGACCCCCCCACCGAUGAAAAAGACAUUCAGCCAGUUGGACAGGAGUACAUCGAGGAAAAUAAAUCCGAAGACGGUAAAAUAAUAAGUUUCAACUGUAAACUCUGCGAAUGUCGAUUCAACGAUCCCAACGCCAAGGACAUGCACAUGAAGGGCCGACGUCAUCGUUUUGCCUACAAGAAAAAAGUCAAUCCUGAUCUCGUUGUCGACAUGAAACCGAGUUUGAAACAAAGAAAAAUGCAGGAGGAGAAGCAGAGGAGGCAGCAAGCGAGGGAUGAAUUUUCACGUAGACGUGAUGAUAUGGGCCCUAUGGGCCCUAUGGGACCCCUAGUCGAUGAAGAAAUGAUGUACUGGGAGGAGAGACGAAGGUACGAGGAGGAGUGUGAAUAUUACGAGUGGUACAGACGUUACGGUAGAGGACCAGGUGCACCACCCCUUCCCCGUCCCUUUCCCGGCCCACCGCCGAUGAUGAUGUUUCCGGGGCCUCAACGACGUCCUGAUUCGUCGGAUGAUAAACACGUUGCCUCCCACCAUUCGACGAUUUAUCCGAAGGAGGAGGAGCUCCAGGCGGUUCAGAAAAUCGUCUCACACACUGAAAAGGCCCUUAAAUUUGUGUCUGAUGCCCUUGCAGAUGGAACUAAAAAAUUGGGGCCUGUUGGUAACUCAUCCGGGUCAUCAGGACCACCAGCUGGGGGUGGAACUACCCCUGAAAUCGUCAAGGACGAGACGGGGGAGAAAAAAAAAGCGGUAACUCCACCCCAAAAAGAAGACGGAAGUGAUGGAAAUUUAUUCUCAUUUCAUAAAGAAAAAGAAGACACGAGAAUUCUCAGGGGUGUAAUGAGGGUUGGUAAUCUUGCAAAAGGAUUACUACUGUCUGGUGAUAAUCAUGUUUGUCUCGUUGUUCUUUGCCUGGAAAAACCAACGAAAAAUUUAUUGAAUAAAGUCGCUGAAAUUUUACCAGGACAAUUGAAAAUUGUCGCACCUGAUGAUAAUUAUAAUGUUGGAAAACAUCCGGAGUCUGCUGCGAUAACAGUAUCAGGGGGUAGUGUUACUGUCAGUGUCACACUUACCAGCCCUUUAAUGAGAGAAACCCCAAAAUCACCUGGUGCAGAUAAUGCUGGACAGCAGCAACAGGGAGCUGCUCAACCGCAACCAACAGCCGCGAUCACCGCAGUCACCAAACCAGAUCCACCAGAUGUACUACCCAAGGCUAAGUGUUUGGAGGCUUUAGCUGCACUCAGGCAUGCCAAGUGGUUUCAGGCUAGGGCGACGUCACUCCAGAGCUGUGUUAUGGUUAUCAGGAUCAUGAGAGAUCUAUGUAAUCGUGUACCCACGUGGGCACCACUCAACGCCUGGGCACUGGAACUGCUGACGGAGAAGGUCAUCAGCACUGCUGGGUGUCCCCUGUCCCUGGGGGAGGCGCUGAGGCGACUCCUGGAGUGCGUUGCUGGAGGAAUUCUGCUGCCAGGUGGUCCAGGACUGGCCGAUCCCUGUGAAAAAGAACCUGUCGACGCCAUUGGGGGAAUGACAUCUCAACAACGUGAAGAUAUCACCGCAUCAGCUCAACACGCCCUACGUCUCGUUGCAUUCCGACAGAUUCACAAAGUACUGGGGAUGGAGCAGCUUCCACCCCCGAAGCACAAAGCACGUUUCACACGUAAACGAAGACGUGAUAAUAGUAAUGGUGAGGGUACUGACAGUGAGGCAUCAAAAAAAGAUAAAAAAGCUGAGGAGGUUAAGGGAGAAAUCAAGAUGGAGACAGACUCCAAGUAAUUAAUGUAAAGAUAAUAUUAAUUAAUAUUUGUAGACGUGUAACGAGCAUUCAUUAUUCAUUAUCACACACUGAUUAUCACCAAAUCAUUAUUUAUAUUAUCGAGGGGUAAUUUGUGAGUUGGUGGAGGUUAUGGUGGGGACUGGAGUGAAAAAAUACGUUUGAGUCGACGUUUUCAUCUGGGAAAUUUUGUGAAUUUCUGUCUCCUGGGGGUGGGGGGAGGGUAAUUACUGGGGAAUUUGUGUCUCCAGGGGUUGGGGGAGGGUAAUUACUGGUGAUAAAACGUCAACGACGUUGUCCUGACGUUUAUUUCAUCUCGACACGAACGAUAAUCGAUUGAUUGUGACGAUUUUUUCUGAUUUUUGUCGUUUAAUUUCACGAAAUGACGUUCGAAAUUCACUUUUUGGGGGAUGAUAUCGUCGGGAGGUCGACGUCGAGGGUAGUCACUCGUGAAAUACUCGUCUGGGGGGUGGGGAGGUGCCUGGGGGAGACGUAGAACUCGUCCUGACGAUGUGACAAUUAUAUUUCAUUUUUUUUUUAUUCCCUGGGGAUAAUUUUUGAGGUUAUGUCGAGGGUGUGUCACAGGGGGUGGGUAAGGAGUCGAUUCCGGGGGAUGAAUCGAUGUAAUUUUUACGAGUUAGGGUGGUAGGGUGUAGUUUGUAUCGGGAGGAUCGAUGUGUAUGUGUGUGUUUAGUUGUAUUGGAUGUGGAGUGAUAAAAAAAACUGAAUUUAUUGUCACAUUUAUUUGAUUUAUUUUUUUUGUGUUUAAUGUUCACCACUCCCUCCACGACGAUAUAAUUACUGCAAAUUAAUUAAUGUUCAGGUUCAUUGAUUAUUAUUAUGAUUUUUCGAUAGAUGAUUUUGCAGGCGAUUGAAUUUGACAUUUGUAGAACUGCUGAUGUACUUGAAAUUUAUCGAAAUUAUCAAUAAACAGAAUCUUAACUGAA